AUGGAAGAGGGAAUUCCAGAAAACCAAGGAGAAAACCCAGAAGAAACCCCAGAAGAAACCCCAGAAGAAAACCCAGAAGAAAACCCAGAAGAAACCCCAGAAGAAAAUCCAGAAGAAAACCCAGAAGAAAAUCCAGAAGAGGACCCAGAAGAAAACUCAGAAGAGAGCCCAGAAGAAAACCCAGAAGAAAAAUCAGAAGAAAAACCAGAAGAAAACCCAGAAGAAAACUUAGAAGAAAACCCAGAAGAAUACCCAGAAGAAAACCCAGAGGUACCCAGAGGAAAACCCAGAGGAAAAUCCAGAAGAAAUUGAAGAAAUCGCUGGGAAAGUUGCAGAAAUCCCUGAAGAAAUUGAAGAAGAAACCCCUGGAAAAGCUAA